GAGACUGGCUACCAGCUCUAUGUGCGCCCUGGAGAUGUUGUAUUCUUUCUUGCCAACCAGCAAUUGCACAAGCUUGAGGUUGAUCUCAAGAUUCCUAAUGCUGUCCAAACAGUGUUUACGUUAUGGACAGACAAGCUUGCAAUGCAGUCAGCAAAGCCAUCACAGUACAAAGACUUCUAUAUUGUUGAGCCUGAUGCAGAGGACAAGAUUGAGGAAGGGAAG